AUGUCUCGAGCUUCUAAGUUGACAUUGGCCGCGACCGGCCUGGGCACAGCAGGGAUUGUCUACUUUGUGCACUGGGCACAAGAGCAAGAAAAGGCGUCAAUGCACAAGGCGGUCGAACUUGACACGGAGAAGCAGCGCGUUCGACAGGAACGACAAGCUGACUUCGAGAUGCAAAGGGCUCUCGAGCAAGAAUACCGGAAACUUCAAAAGGUGUCUCCAAGCUUAGACGAACCUAGCGGGACGCAGACAGGCCAAGGACAA